UCCUCUCUCUCUCUCUCUCUUUCUCUCUCUAUAUCUCUACAUAAUGUGUAUGUACAAACUAUAUAUGUAUAUAUAUAUAGAGAGAGAGAAUACAUAUUCAAACUAGUUUGUUUUUGUGUGUAUAUAGGUAGAGAGAGAGAGACAGACAGACAACGGACAUGAGAACACCAACUGCUGAUGGCCAAGAUCAUCAUCAACUCCUCCCACUUUUGACCCUUCAGACAGCGGCAUCCCACCCCAAUCCCAUGGGCUCCCCACUAUUACUUCAUCCCUCUCUGCGUUUUAGCUUUCUUUCUUGAAUUCAAUUCUCUCGGCUUCUUGCUUCUCAUGGCAGAGCACGAACUCGAGUCCGUCUUGGAAUUCUUGAGGAAGAAUGGGUUGUCGGAGUCUGAAUCAGCGCUGCUGGAGGAUGUAAUGGAGAAAUCUCAACUGGGAUCUUCUGAAUUGGAGAGGUUCUUCUUCCCCAUGCCCCCUCCGCCUCCGCCCCUCAGAAUUCCGUCCGCUCACCGGCUGCUGCUCCCGCCGCCUCGGGCUGAGCUCUCUGAUGGUACUGCUGACACCUCCAAGAGUUCGUCCGAUGAUGAGUUCGUGAGUUUGGGUUCUUCUACUACUGAAUUAUGUUCUUCUGAAUUUACCAAUCCAUACGGUAUCCGUACGACUCGUCCGACAUCUCAGGCUUCGUCUGAUAGGUUGUCUCAGUUUGGUACAGCUCGAGAUUACCCCGAUUUUGAUAUGCAAACUGACCUUUUCUGGUACAAGGAGAAAGAUGAGGACUAUGCUAUGCCACCCCUCUUUGGAGGUCGAGAUUUUGAUGGCGACCCCAGCGAGGAUAAAUAUGUCAUGACCGUGCAAACGGAGGAACGCAUAGACGAUCAAGUCGCGUAUAAUUUCAUUCCUGAUGGAAGCACUAAGUAUAUAGAAAGUCGAUGGGAUUUUACCUCGAGGGAUAAUUUGAAAGACGAGGCUUACAAAGACUAUUAUGAAUUGGGCGAACACUUUAGGCUUGAAGAAAGUGGUGAAAAGCGUGAGGGACAUUGCACCAAUUAUAGUUGUUCGGCCCCUCUCUGUGCUUGUUGCAAUGGUGCUGGAACUGUUUACACGCAUGGCUCAAAAGAACACAAACUAGGAAAUCUAAACGUAACGGAUGACAACCGCGAUCAAACAAGGACUCGAUUAGCAGAAAAUGACUCUAGCUUUGCCAAUGAGAGGAAUUCUACAUAUGAUUGGUUCGAAGGUUUUGGUAAUAACCUUGAUGUUGGUACGGUUAAGAAGGAUAGCCAGCUAAAUGAGAAUGACGAUUAUGACUUUAUAUAUGAUGAAGUAAUUGCAAGUAAAAAACAUGAGCCGAAAGUUGCUGUAAAUGAAGAGAACGGUGCUACAUCUGACGAGCUCCUGUUAUAUGAGACUAAGGAAGAUGAUUAUGAGAUAUUCAACCUAAGAAUCAUACAUAGGAAAAACAGGACCGGAUUCGAGGAGAACAGGGACUUCCCGGUUGUGAUGAAUAGUAUCAUAGCGGGUAGAUAUUAUGUUACGGAAUUCCUUGGAUCUGCCGCAUUUAGCAAAGUCGUCCAGGCUCAUGAUCUUUACUCUGGAAUGGAUGUUUGCUUAAAGAUCAUUAAAAAUGACAAGGACUUCUUCGAUCAGAGCUUAGACGAGAUCAAACUUCUGAAGUUUGUUAACAAGCACGAUCCUGCUGAUGAGCAGCACAUUUUACGUCUUUAUGACUACUUCUACUAUCAGGAGCAUCUAUUUAUUGUUACUGAACUUCUGCGAGCAAACUUGUAUGAAUUUCAGAAAUACAACCGUGAAUCUGGUGGAGAGCCGUAUUUUACAAUGCACAGGCUGCAGGUGAUAACCCGACAAUGUUUGGAGGCAGUAUUGUAUCUCCAUGAUUUAGGAAUCAUUCACUGUGAUCUGAAGCCAGAAAAUAUUCUGAUCAAACGGUAUAGAACAUGCGAGAUCAAGGUGAUUGAUCUUGGCAGCAGUUGCUUUCAGAAUGACAAUCUGUCCCUGUAUGUACAAUCUCGUUCGUAUAGGGCUCCUGAGGUUAUGUUAGGUCUUCCUUAUGACCAGAAGAUCGACCUGUGGUCUGUCGGGUGCAUUUUGGCAGAAUUGUGUUCUGGGGAGGUUCUUUUUCCGAAUGAACCAGUUGUAAUGCUUCUUGCACGCAUGAUAGGGAUGCUUGGUCCAAUCGACAUGGACAUGCUGAAGAAUGGCCAAGAGACACACAAGUACUUUACGAAAGAAUAUAAUCUGUAUUACAUAGACGAGGAUACGAAUAAGAUCGAGUACAUUGUCCCCAAGGAGACAUCACUGGAGCAUCACCUGCAAAUUUCAGAUUCUUGCUUCAUCGACUUCCUGAAACACAUGCUUGAGAUCAACCCCAACAGACGGCCUACUGCAAGAGAGGCGCUGCAGCAUCCUUGGCUUUUGCAUUCAUACGAGGUUAAUUCUUUCUGAGCUUUUUAAGUAGAUAAAAAUUUUGUAUGAAACCUCCAAGAAUGUGGGUUUGAAGAAUGUCUUAACCAAAAUGUUUCCUGUGAAGUAAAGAGAUCAUUCGCAUGCUGUAUA